ACGCGUUUUUGCGAUAGCGCUGCUGCUAUUACUGCGGUAAAUGUCGUCGUAGUAGGUUAUUGUUUCAACUUCGCGUAGCGUCCCAGUAAACCACAUUCAGUUGUUUAGUUUAUUCCCAAAUGGCAGGCAAAAUUAGUUCGUUAAAAAUAAUCAGGGCAACUAACAAAGCACACCAAGCUUCUGUUAUAUUCUUUCACGGAUCAGGCGAUACCGGCUCAGGAAUCUACGACUGGGUUAAAUUUCUCAUUGGGGACAUUUCACAGCCUCAUAUCAAGUUUGUUUUUCCUACAGCUCCAUCCAGACCUUACACACCACUAAAUGGAGAGAAAAGUAACGUUUGGUUUGAUCGUCUGGACAUCACUCCGGAUGUCCCAGAAGAUAAACCCACACUGGAAUCAAUGGGCUCUGAAGUAAGGAGGCUUAUUGAUGAAGAAAUCAAAUCUGGCAUAUCACUAGAUAAAAUUGUAGUGGGUGGCUUCUCAAUGGGUGGUGCCCUGGCCCUACACACUGCCUAUCAUUGGCUACCAGGUUUGGCUGGUGUGUUUGCCAUGUCCUCAUUCCUUAAUCACAAUUCCAUUGUCUAUGAACACCUUAAACAGAAUCCAUCAAAAAUUCCUUUGUUAAUGUUCCAUGGAGAUAGAGACACACUAGUACCCCAAGCAUGGGGUGAGAAAACGUUUAAAUGCCUGCAAGAUCUUGGUGUGCAGGGGAAAUUUGUGCCAUUGUCCAACACACUGCAUGAGCUCAAGAAAAAGGAGCUCCAGGAAUUGAUGGAGUGGAUAAAACGACUCCUUCCUUAUGAGAAAGCUGUUUGAUGUAGAGACAAUUAGCAGAAAAGGUCAGGCGGCCAUCUUGCAUGAAGCCGAAGGUAAUAAGACAAUAUUAAAUGAAUCUAGUACAUACAAGAGAUGAAUAUUACAAAAUUUAGCAAUCAAAAUACCAAAUGAAACUAGUACAUUUAAGAGUAAAUUCAUUAGUUACCAGAGCAAGCAAGGAAAGAGUAGAUUGUGUGUGAUGAAGGGUAGAAAAGCGGAUGGUAUUAGAGCUUAUAGGGUAAUAAAACGUCAAUUAACAUUUGGCUUGCGCUUGCAAACGAGGGAAAAAGGCCGUAAAAAAGGGGUGGAGGAGAAUUACAAAUUGUUAUUAUUGAUUUCGAAUUCUAUUUGCAAUAUGAAUGUGAACUGCUCUUCUUUGGACACUUGCGCCACACACUGCAAAUUUGCACAUUUGCCAAUAAAUUUAAGCCAAGAAAAGGAGCGGCAACUAUUCGUCGUGAAACACCCUUAAUAUCACUGCCAUAUUAAUAAUACAUAUGUUGGUGUCUACUAAGAAAACAAAAAAUAUGAAUAUUGAAAUUUUUAUGAUGUCUACACACAAAACUGAAGUCUAGUGAAAGCUUUUUGACGUAGAUGUUUGUUAGAAAAUUGGUAUACAAUGUUUAUUACGUGGAUUUAUAUAUUUUAUGAAUGUUCUCUUCGUAAGUAAAAAAAAAAGAAGUUCUAAUACAUAAAAA